GGCCACGCCCCUUCCCGGCAGCCCCCGCGGCGCGGGGCGGGGGGGGUUGGAUGCGCCGGGUUGUGGUGGGCUGGACUGGGCUGUAGUGGGUUGUACUGGGCUAUACUGGGCUGGACUGGGCUGUAGUGGGUUGUACUGGGCUAUACUGGGCUGGACUGGGCUGUAGUGGGUUGUACUGGGCUAUACUGGGCUGGACUGGGCUGUAGUGGGUUGUACUGGGCUAUACUGGGCUGGACUGGGCUGUAGUGGGUUGUACUGGGCUAUACUGGGCUGGACUGGGCUGUAGUGGGUUGUACUGGGCUAUACUGGGCUGGACUGGGCUAUAGGGGGUUGUACUGGGCUAUAGUGGGUCAUAUUGGGUUGUACUGGGCUGUACCGGGCUGUAGUGUGUUAUACGGGGCUGUACUGGGUUAUAGUGGGUUAUACUGGGCUGGACUGGGCUGUACUGGGUUAUAGUGGGUUAUACUGGGCUGUACUGGGCUAUAGCGUAUUAUGUUGGGCUCUACUGGGCUAUAGUGGGUUACACUAGGCUCUAAUGGGCUAUACUGGGUUAUAGUGGGUAAUACUGGGCUGUACUGGGUUAUAGUGGGUAAUACUGGGCUGUACUGGGCUAUAGUGGGUAAUACUGGGCUGUACUGGGCUGUACUGGGAGGGGCCGCGCGGGCCGGCGCCGGGAUGGAGCGGUUCGUGCGGGGCAACCGGGCGGCUCUGCAGACAAGAAAAAAAGGGGUGAAACAUCAUGUUUUGGGGGGGACAACCAACCCCAAACUCACCGUUUCUGGGAAAAACGGGUUAAAAUACUAAAUGCUCCCAGGCUGCGGGGCUGGGAUGGUCCCUGUCCCCACGGUGGGCUGAGGAUCACAUCCAGCAUCACCGGGAGGUCCACGUGGUGAUGGGCAACGAGGCCUGUGACCUGGACUCCACGGUCUCGGCGCUGGCCCUGGCCUAUUUCCUGGCCCAGAGCUCCCCGGCUCCCAAAGCCGCCUUCGUGCCGGUGCUGAACAUCCCCCGCGCCGACUUCGCGCUGCGGACGGAGACGACGUUCCUGCUGCGGGACCGGGGCGUCCCGGCCGCCUCCCUCAUCUUUCGGGACGAGAUCGACCUGGGGGGGCUGCACCACGCCGGGCUGCUCUCCCUGACGCUGGUGGAUCACCACGUCCUGCCCGGUGCCGACGCAGCCCUGGAGGAGGCCGUGGUGGAGGUGCUGGACCACCGGCCGCUGGAGCGGGAGCGCGGCCCGCCGUGCCGGGUGACGGUGGAGCCGGUGGGCUCCUGUGCCACGCUGGUGACCGAGCGCAUCGCCCAGGGCCCCCCGGGGCUGCUGGACAGAACCACGGCCGCGCUGCUGCACGGCACCAUCCUCCUGGACUGCAUCAACCUGAGCCCGGCCGCCGGCAAGGUGACGCCGCGGGACGUGGCGUGCGUGGCCCUGCUCGAGGAGAGGUUCCCCGAGCUGCCGCCCCGCGACAGCGUCUUCGGGGCCCUGCAGGCGGCCAAGUUUGACGUCUCAGGGCUGACGACGGAGCAGAUGCUGCGCAAGGACCUCAAGGUGAUCUCCGGCGACGAGCUGGUCCUCGCCAUCAGCGGCGUCUACGUGGACCUGGAGACCUUCCUGCUCCGGCCCGGCUUGCUGCAGGACCUGGACGCCUUCUGCCAGGCCCGUGGCUACGCGGGGCUGGUGGCCAUGACCGUCUCCUUCAACGAGCGCCACGAGCCCACCCGCAAGCUGGCCGUGUACAGCCGGUGCGAGACCCUCCGCGGCACGCUGUGCCGGGCGCUGGAGGAGGCGACGACGCCGUCCCUGCACUUGCAGCCCCUGCCCAGCCCCUGGCCCUGCGUGGGCGCCUUCGCCCAGGGCAACGCCUUGGCCUCCAGGAAGAAGGUGCUGCCCAUCCUGCGGGCAGCGCUGGGCGGCGCGGGGGCCGCCGGGGGUCCCGAGGAGGAGGUGGUGCCCCCGCCCACCCCCAUGAACAGCCUGGUGGAGGAGUGUCCCCUGGCCCAGGCCGUGCCCCCGCUGUGCCCCCAGGACGUCCUGGAGCGGGUCAGCCGCAUCGCCACGGGGCAGCCCCCCGGCUCCCCCAAAUAACCGGGGCACCCCGCGGCUCCGGAGGGCUGGAGGAGAACUUGGGGGUCCCUGAGCGGGCCCUGGGGGGUGCCCGGGCAUGGGGGGGGUUGCAGCCACCUUGGUUAGAGCUCAGCUCCUGGUCCUCGGUGUGAGUUGUGCCCCCGGCGGGCUCCCCACGGGCCCCCAGGGUGGGUUUUUGGGGGCAGCAGUUGCACACACUUAAUGAGGGCACUGGGGGGGGGUUGGUUUUUAACGAGUUCUUGAUGUCCUUCCCUCCCCUGGGGGGCUGUGAGGGGGCCCUGGAUGCCGGGUCCGGACACGCAGCCAGCCCAGCAUUGUCACCCACGUUUUCCAAGGAUUAAAUUUCCCUUUUCUUCCA